UUUUUCGUCCAACAAAAAAUACAGCGUUUCCUUAGGUGGCUUCUUUCUCUCACUUCAAAAACCAAAAAGAAACUUUUAGACAGAGAUACAGAACAUGGCGAAUGGCAGUAACAGAGAAGAAGCUGAGCGCUGGCUCAUCACGGCGGAGAAGGUUUUAUCGGCGCGUGACUUCCACGGUGCCCGUACGUUCGCGAUCCGAGCCAGAGAAUCGGACCCGAGGUUCGACGCUCCGAACCACGUCCUCGCUGUGGCGGACACAAUCAUCGCUGCUGAACCCAUCAUCAACACCGUUAAUGGUAACCAGGUCCACGACUGGUACGCGAUUCUCCAACUCGCUCGCUUCACUCAGUCCUCGGAACUCAUCGCCACUCAGUUCCGGAAACUCGCUCUGUUACUCAGUCCCGAGAGGAACAGGCUACCAUAUUCGGAUCUUUGCUUCAAGCUCGUGACUGACGCGUGGUCAGUGCUGUCAAACCCCUCAAGAAAGAUAAUGUAUGAUACCGAGUUGCAACUGAGUCAAUUCGGAGAACGCCCUAGGCAAACACAAAUGCCACCGCCAAUUUCGCCGCCAGUAAAACCAACGCCCAAAAAAAACCCCAGAAGCAAUGAUAAGGACGGAAGUUGCGCGGUUACAAUGCAAGAAGGAAGGUCUAAUUGGUAUAACGUGACUGAGUCGACUCGUCAACCUGGACCAAUGCAGGCUGAGCCUACUCGUCAACCUCGACCGAUCCAAACCGAGCCGACUCGUCCUAUUCAAGCAGAGUCCACUCAUCCUUUACAUGCAGAGGCCGUUCGUCCAAGUCCAGUAGAGCCCGCUCGUCCGAUUCUUGUGGAGGAGCCAGCUCGUUCGGUUCAAGCAGAGCCAGUUCGUUCCGCUCAGGCAGAGCCAGCUCGUCCCGCUCAGGCAGAGCCAGCUCGUCCCGCUCAGGCAGAGCCAACUCGUCCGAGUGACACAGAGUCAGAGAUACCGAGUUUCUGGACAGCGUGUCCAUUCUGUUACGUUCUUCACGAGUACGCAAAGGUUUACGAAGACUGUACUUUGAGAUGCGUGAACUGUAAAAGAGCGUUUCAUGGGGUACCGAUAGCACCACCGCCUGUUACGCUAAAUGAUACGUAUUUCUGUUGUUGGGGUUUCUUUCCAAUUGGUUGUUCUGGCGACGGGAAACAGAAGGGCGGGAAUCAGUCUACUUGGAGACCUAUUUCUGCCAUGUUCCCUUGUCCUACUCCAGGGAAUGGGAAAUCAAACCAAGUCAAAAAGACAUAUAAAAGAGCUCCAGUUUUGUAUGAUGAGGUGUUCAUUUCUGAUUCUGAGUCCGGGCCUAGUGAGGGGUCUGAUGACGAUUGGGGAAAUCCAAGGAGAAAAAAGGGGAAAAUUGUGAAAGGGAAAGCAAAAGGAAAUGAAAACAAGAAAAGAGUGGGAAGGUCACCAGGUGGGGCUAAGAAGGGGACUCAAAAUCAAAAUCAAACUCAAACUCAAAAUCGAAGUGUGGGUGAGAAUGCAGAGGGAAUGCUUGGGACGUCCAGUGGUGGUGGACAAAGAGUGCUUAGAAGUAGUGGGAAGAAGCAAAUGGGAAAUGGGCUGGAUUUGAAUGUGGAGUUUAGUAAUGAGUUGGAUGACUCAGUGGCGCCGAGGGUGAAUCAUGUGAAUGGGGAGGAGGAUAAUAUUGAUGGUGUUGGGUUUUUCGAGGGGCUUGAUGAGUUUUUGAGUAGUUUGCCCAUACUAAAUAAUGUUGUGAAAGAUGAUAAGGUUAAGUCGGCUUAGUGAGUAAGACUCUUACUUCUGUUGAUGCUGUUUUAUUAUUCUAGUCGUUGUAAUAGUUUUAAUUGCGUAGAGGCACUAGCACUUUGGUUGCUGGUGGUGAAAUCUAGUAAUAUAUUUUGGAGCAAUGGGGUUUAUUAUUGAACUCUUUGCAAGUGCUUCGUUACUUCAUUGUGGACAUGUACGUAAACCUAACUAAUUUAGUUGAUUAGGUAACUUUAAGAUCUUGAAUUUUAUCGCUGCACAAUUAUCAAACUUGUUUGCAUCCAUUAACAUGUUUGCAUUUUUCAAUAACUUUUCUUGAUACGAACAUUUAUUUAAGAUUUCUAUUUUACUUGUGUGCGUGAAUCCGUAAACAUGUUUGUAUCUUUGCUUGAUAUAAACAUGUAACUGAUAUUCUCUCU